AUUUUUAUUGGGAAAAUGGAACGGUCCACAGUGAUUGUGAGAAAAAAAAAUUUGAACCAGGCCGGGCCUAUAACGAAGAGUGGUUCUGGCCCAGCCCACAACUCCACCUCUAAGUUUGUUUUGGGGUCCAAUUGCAUCACUUCCUCUCUGGUCACCUCCUAUUCAACCGAGGCCAUAAUGCAGUCAUUUGGGGAGCCUUGGCCGGAAUUUAAUGACGGACUCCAUUACCGGGACCUCAUCCGAUCAUCUGAUUCCGGCUUGACGCUGAUCGAAUUCUACUCCAAAAAGUACAAGAAUUCAGCUCCUUUUCUAGGUUGGUUGCAGAGAAUUCACAAUAAGCAGAUAACUAUUGAUGGCAAUGCUGUUACAGAUCCUGAUACAAUUCUCAGGGAAGGUAUGGAGCUAAUAUAUUAUCGGCUUCCCUGGCAAGAGCCCGAUGCGCCUCACUUGCUUGAAAUUCUAUGUGAAGAUGAUGACUUGAUAGCUGUAAAUAAACCUUCGGGUUUACAAGUUCUACCUGGAGGCCUGUUCCAGCAGAGGACUGUCCUGACACAACUUCAAUGGCGUUCACGGAAGCUGACCUCCUCAUCAGCAUGUCAAGAACCGCAUCCUGUUCCAGUUCAUCGACUUGGAAGGGGCACAUCAGGAAUAUUACUUUGUGCGAAGACAAAGCUUGCAAAAUCUCGUCUUGCAGCAUACUUCGCCGAUGGAACGUCAGUUGUUGGCGUCAGCAGUUGUAGAAGGGGCAUGCAUCACCUCCAUUUCCGACACGUGUCCAGAGCGUGUCCGGCGCAUGCCGGUGUAUUAUGUGUGAGACACCGACACACUGGCUCCGGCAACAUAGAUUCCAAUUCAGAGCUGAAUACAAUGAGGAAAAUUACAAAGAUAUAUCGAGCCCUAGCAAGGGGGGUAAUCAAUGAGGACGAGGUUACCGUUGAGCAGCCCAUUGGGCAGGUCAGAUAUCCUGGUGUAGCCAAGGGGUUGUAUGUUGCUUCUCCUUCAGGGAAACCUUCUUUCAGCAGGGUUGAUGUUCUUGAGAGAAAUAUGCACAGCAAUUGUACCUUGAUCCAGGUUGAGAUCCAAUCUGGGAGACCACACCAAAUCCGCAUUCAUCUUUCUUUCAUUGGACACCCACUGAUAGGCGAUCCUCUUUAUGUUGCUGGUGGACAGCCAAAGUGUUUUGAUCCUCACGUCACAGAUGAAAGUCUUGCUCAUGAUGGAGGGUAUCAGAGGCCUGGAAAUCCUGUUCCUGGAGACUGUGGAUACCACUUGCAUGCACAUCGUUCAGUUUUCCCUCACCCCAUCACGAAUGAGGUCAUUGAUAUAACUGCAUCACUGCCAUCCAUUCUCCGUACUCAAGAAGAGUCAAAAGCAAUCACACAAGGUUAGUGACGAGGUUUAAGUGGUUUAGGGCUGGAAUAUUUUAAUUUAAAAUAUUGUAACUUUUCGAGUAGUUUGACACCAUUGGAUUGAGUAGAGGCUUAUAAAUUUAUAAUUGUGGAAAUUGCCAUAGAAUAAUUUUAAUCAAAGCAACAUAGUUGUCGACCCAAAGAGUAACCUUGUGCAACAACGUUAGGGCAAGCAUGUCUCAAUAGGGUUAUCCGUCGGUCGACCAGAGAGGACAAGUGUAUUA